AUGUUGUUGGGCCGGCCCAUAAUGACCCUCAACUCUUCCACUGUAAAGUUCACCAUCUCGCCGGUCCUGCUCGCUGAAAAUUUCUUCAGAAACACCCCCAAAAAAAGGAGACGUAACGCCUCCUCCGCUUUUUCCACGACCUCCCCCCAAGACACGAUGCGAUCCUAUCGCGCACGAGUACAGAUUCCCGCCGGCUGGGAAUUACUUACCGCCGGCGUUAACUCGACAGGAAAGCCUAUACUGAACCUACCAAAGCAAGAACAAGUACCCAGCAAGCCUUCGCCGGAUACACCCAAAGUCCUACUAAAAUACCCCAUCGACCUCGCCGCACUCACCAAAACAUUUUCCCAUCAAGAACGUGAACUCCACCAACCCUACCUACCGUACCGAACCUACAAACCUGGGAGCUCCGCCACCAGCUCACCCGCAUCCACCCUGAGCUCCACCCCAGCUCGGGAGGCUCCGACCGAGACCCCGACCGAGACCCCGACCGAGACCCCGACUAAGACCCCGACUGGGACCCCGACUGAGACCCCGACUGGGACCCCGACUGAGACCCCGACUGGGACCCCGACCGGGACCCUCGCCGGGAACCCGACCGGGGCCUCAUCGAACCUCCUACAGAUACCCAAGCCCGCUCCACCCAGAGACUCGGGACUCUGCAGCCUCAGCCUGUCGGCCAAGCGGGCCCUCGUUCUGGAGGCCUUCCAGAAAAAACUAUCCCGAGAUGAGCCCUCGGACCCGGUGCGCAAGUCGCAACCACGAUCCGCCGCGACCACCAAAGUCUCGGACUGGGCACGGCCUCGCGCCGCACUACAGGAAGGACGGCUGCGGACUGCACCCCUCGUGAUACCCGGCGAGAUUCCGCUACCCCCGCCCUUGCCUCUCUUCCAAGAUGAUGUCCCACAGCUGGAGGCGCCGGCCACGGACAACCCAGCGACACCACAAUACGAGACAGCCGUAACCAUCGCGGACACAGGAGGAACACCGUCGGCUCCGCUCAUGACCCUGGAACUCGCGGCCGAGCCGCUGGCACUAGCGGUCCAGGAGGCCGAGCCGCAGGAGUCCGUGGUACAAGAGGCUGUAUCGGAGGGGGCCGUGCCACAGCAAGUGGCGUCAGAGAACACCACGUUACAGGAGGCCGUGGCACCCGAGGUUGUACUAGAGAAGGCCGUGCAGCUGGAGGCUGAGUCACGGGUACCAGAGACGGCCGUGCCACAGAAGGCUGUGUCAGAGACGACCACGCCGCAAGGGGCCGUGGCACAACCGACUGUGUCGGAGGGGGCCGUGCCACAGCAGGUGGUGUCAGAGAAAACCAUGCUACAGGAGGCCGUGGCACCCGAGGCUGUACCAGAGAAGGCCGUGCAGCUGGAGGCUGAGUCACGGGUACCAGAGACGGCCGUGCCACAGACGGUGAUGACGGAAACGGUUACCCCACAGGAGACCGUGCCCCAGGAGAAUGUGCAGAAGAAGACUGGGUUGCCGAAGACUGGGUUACCGACGACUGGGUCGCCAGAGGCCGGGUCGCCGGAGACCGCGAGGCACAGCAAGGCAUGGGGAGCGCCAGUGCAGGUUCCUGCGGAAGGGAAAGACAUGUCACCAACAGGGAAGGAAGUGUCGCCGGCGGCGACGGACCAGAGCUCCGCAGCCGUUGUGGUCGAGGGGGCGCGGGCGAAGCCGGAUUCAUCGAAGACCGGUUCGCCGAAAGCCGGUUCGACGGAAGCCGAGCUGGCGAAAGCCAAGCUGGCAAAAGCCGGUUCACCGAAGACUGAGUCGUUGAAGGCCAAGUCGUCGAAGGCAAAGCUGGCGAAGGCUGGUUGGUCGAAGGGCACCGGCCCGUCGAAGGUCAAGUUGUCGAAGGCUGGUUCGUCUAAGGCGAUUGGUUCGAGGACGAUGCAGCUGAUGAGUGCUGACUCAGUUUCAACACUAUGUUCGAUAACGUCGGUAGAUGAGCCAGUGGAGGAAUUAUGGGUGCGCCCGAUGCGUCAGUCGUUGAAAAUGGUAGACGUAAGUCGUGCUACUGCGGAGUUAGAGGCUGUGUGGGACACGGCUCAGGCCCGGUUGGAGGAGUGGGAGCUGGAGAGUGAGGUGGAGAUGAGAAGAGAGGCGGAAUUGGCAGCGGAGUUGCGGAGUGUGCGAGAGGAGUUUACGAAGAGGAGAUCGUGGCCGGUAGCGCCAGAGACGGAUUGGUCGUAUGUGGGGCUGGUUUUGGAUCAGUUGCGGUCCUUUGGCAUGUCCCAGCAGUUCUUGAUUGGUGCGGCUAAGACGUAUGAGGAUUGUCAGCAUCGACAGCCGGUAAUGGUGCCGUCAUCACGACCGGGAAAGCGACAUGUGGUUCGGACUAGGAGCGAUGCCCAACUGCGGGGCGGCGCGUAUCUGGCGCCCACCUUUUGCGCCUGGUUUUGGGACUGUUUGAAAGCUAACGCCGCCAUUGACGAAUUCGUCUUGUUUGCGCACAGGUAUCGCCUCGGACGGCUGGCCCAGAAGAUGGACUAUGGCAUUGUUGACGUGCUCCAGAGCAGCAUCCGGAACUACUUCCAUCGAGACCCUGUCUUCGUGACACUGGCGCGCCAUGUGUUCCGCGAACACAUGGAGGCGCGAGUCUUCACGCAGGGCGACCCGAACGCGCCGUGCCGCCAUCGACUUCGUGCCAGCGCACGUGAAAAGCCCCAGACCGAGGAACAGGCCGAGAAGAUUGCUCGGCUGCAGGACGUCAAGCGUUCUAACGAACAACCUGCCUCCGGGUUACUUCCGUUUUACGUCGCACACACGAUCGGCGUCAAAUUCCCCAUUGUCUACCGUGACAGCAAGGACAUGCAGGGGGCCCUCGAGACCGCGCUGCACGGCGUAAGAGGCUCCCUCAAGCAACUCCUCCUUGAUAACUGCAAGCUAGUCGAAAAGACCGGUCCCAAGAAGGACGCGUGCGUGCAGUGCGAAGGGCCCUUCGCACUCGCCUGCAACUCCAAGAACGUCAAGACAGCCCACGCCGAAGCCAUAGCCUACUUCGACAAAGUCGUGAAACUCCUGCUACCAACAUCGCACUGUCACGGACUGUUCAGGUACGGCAGCGCAAAAACAAAACGGUUCGACGACCUCACCUCCAUCUUCACCGACAGCCGAAACCACCUACACUUGGUCUUCCGUUCGCCCGAGAGGGUACCCCAGAACACUGCUUUAGCAGCCACGGAAUCCAGUAGUACAGCGUAA